AUGUUGAUCGCCCUUCCUUUCCUUCUGGCGCAAACCGGCCUAUCUAUCCGAGAUUUCUCCGUCAGUGAUGAGCUGCAAAAGGAGAACGGCGACCAAUUACCAGACGGGUACAAUGACUUUUUCAGCCAUUUUCACGUCACCCCGGAGACUCACCGGGCAGUUCUCGAAGAGCACGGCGACACCGCUGUCACCUUGGCAGUCGUUUUUGCCCUUCAUCCAGCAGCCAGCGUAAUCGGCUUGACGUUGCCGCCUGGGUACCUGCUUCUGGAUGCUCCAGCAAACUUCCAGCCUGGAUGCCCACAGGUCUUCGCACCGCAGAGUUUGGAUCAGAAGUCUGCAUAUGAAAACGAGACCCAGGCAAGAUCCCUGACAUCGCACAUCAUCAGCUGUGAGGUCGAUAACAAGCUGGAUGAUCGUCUAAGCGAAGGAAACGAAAGCGAGGCCCAGCAGAGAGAUGCUGUGGUGGCUCUCACAUUGAAGCUGGAGCCAGACUUGCCUGGAUUGUCCAAGAAGUUGGGUUCUCCUGUGAAUGAUUCCAGCAUUGUGCCCAUGUCUUGGUGGUUUUUCCACAUCCGUGUACGCUAUCCAGAUCGAUCUCCUGAACCACAGGACAAUCACUUCUUGUUGCAUUGGGCAUCCAUUUCGCAGCAAGAUUGGGAAGGUGAGACAUCUUUCCAAGCUUGGCCAAUCCUGGGCGACUGGAACUGCGUCUACUCAGACUGGGAAGGGUGGGGUUCCUGCUCUGCUCGAUGCGGUGGCGGGAAGCGUAUGUUAGUCAGAAGGCCACUGCAGCAACCUCCUGCAGGGCAAGAGUGCAAUGAAAUAUUCCAUCCCACUCCAGGGACGUGCAAUGAGCAUCCUUGCUUGUAUUCCUGUGGGUACAAGGAAGAGGUCAUUGAGGGCGAAUGUUCGGCAUCCUGUGGAGGAGGUGUCAAAUUCACAAGGAAGAGGUUCUAUGUUGACGGUGACAAUUUCCACCUGUGCCCACAGAUGGGGGAGCGUUAUUCGGAGCAGCUUGAGCCAUGCAACACACAGCCUUGCCGUGCUAGGUGUGAACUCUCCAAGAAGUGGGAAGUUGUGACGCCAUGUGAUGCGGCGUGCGGCAAGGGCCAUUUCAAAGUCAUGAAGCAGGUCUUGCAGAAAGAAAUUGAUGACCAGUCCUGCAUUCCUGAAUUCAAGUGGCUACCUUGUGUCCGACAGCAUUGUACCAAGUUUACCGUGUCCCGCAUGGUGGCCAACCUGCUGCCCCACCCACAAGAGAGGUUUAAAGUCCUCCUCAGCUGGAACCAAUCAGUGGAGACGCGAAAAAUUAAUAUCCGGGCGCCGUUGGGAUACCAAUUCGGCGAGAAGGACGGAGACUGCAAGGUCGAGUUCCACAGUCUGCAGCCGCACUUCCUGAGCUGCAAGGUUUCGACUCAGCAAAACGAAGCUGACAUCACUUUUCAGACACCGCUUCCACCGGCAAAUGUUGGUGGUGCUCAGUCCGGCGCUUCAAAGGGCAGGUAUGAACUUGCAAUGGAUGUGGUGACGGCUGCUUGCGAUGUCAAGAAGUGGGCCGCUGACCCCAUCAGAGGCGUUAUCCUCUGCAACGAGAACGUGGACAAGCUUCAUUGGGAAAUCUCGUUCUUCCAGUUUCAAGCGGAAGCAAACAUCAUUGAGUCUGCAGUGGGCUUCACAACUUUAUGGAAGGAAGGCAUUCCAAUCCCUGAAGAUCUUAGACUGAAAGCAGAUCCGCCACUUCCCGAAGAGCCGCCUACAACAACUAGCACCACGACCAGCACCACGGAAACGCAGACUACAACGCUGCCGGUCACAGCUCGCAUACCGCACAGCGAGAAGGGUGUGAUUCUGUGUAUGCGGAGCCGCGACCCAGGCUAUUGUCAGGAUCGCAUCCAGAACCGUUCUGUGGAGUGUGGAUGGCAGAACGUCUGCCAGGUGAAGGAGUAG